CAUAAUUUCAUCUCAGUAAGUCUGAACCUGAAAUUUGCUCUCACUUUUUCAAUACUUUAUCCCGCAAUUCCCCUUCGAUCCUACCUUUAAAAUGUGGACUCCCGGACAUCUACAAAGAACGUCAUCGACACAUUCAUUCGCCAUGUCCGUUGCUUCGAGCCGCGGAUCUACAUAUUCCGAGACCUUCGAUGAACAACAAUCUAGAAGCACGAGUGGAAUGUGGCAUUCUGAGAAAAGUCUCGUAACCAUGACAAGUCUGGACCUGUCGCCUGAGCGUCAGCGACGUGACUCGAUAUCAACAAACGCAUCCAACUCCACGCUCGCUAUGGAUGUCCCCCAUGACAUUGUUCAUGACGAGCUGGACCUCAAAACUCCGACUGUGCAACAGAUUCCUUUGGAGCACUGUAGUGUAUCAUCUCUCUCGGAUACAUCCUCGGAACAACAAAUCUCCCCGAACCAUGUGGCUGGCCCAAUGGAGCAACUACUGCAAUCGCUGCUCUACAAAGUCAGCGAGGCCGAAAGUGGUCGUCCGACUAUCAUGGCAGAUGACUACGCCAUACUCCAAUCUCGGGUCGACACCCUCGAAGCGGAAAGGAAGACUUGGGAACGAAGAUACCAGGCCUACUUCGAAGUCCGCGACGAGGACUUCACCAACAUCCUCAAACUCCGGACAAUGUUGGCUGAGGAAAGAAGAGAACAUUCGGCCAUCCGAAAGCUGCGAGAUGAAGAUCUGGAGAAUCUUCUCGCCGUUCGCGAAAAGCUCGCGCAAGCCUUGUGGUCCAAGCCUCAACCACCACCACCGACCAGACGGACGUCCACGUUCUCGGCACGUCAAUCACGGAGCGAAGGGGAUGAUUUGUGGCGGGCUGCGAAAUCUGCGGCAAUGGAGCAGAGGAUCCUAGAGCUCGAAGCGGCAAACAAAGAGCUGCACGAGCAUGCCACAAAGGGAAGCGUCUCGGGUGAUGUGAACACGAUGAUGAGUCGCAUGGAAACCAUGUUUGAUGAAAGCAUGAAGCAUAGAGAGAAGAUGGCCGUCAAGAUGCAGCAGCUCAGGUCCGAGAAGGAGGCGUUGCAGAAGGAGGUUGGGCUGCUAGAAGAUCGCAACGCCGAGCUAGAGUCAGUCAUUGGAAGGAUGCAGAGGAAUCUCGGUAUAUGAAUCACGUCUCGCUUUAUUUCUUUUUAUUUGGCGGUUUUUUAGUUAGCGUGGCAUGGAGUUUCGUAUUGGAACACGUUUGUGCAUCUGCUUAGAUAGAUUAGAAAGGUGUGUGCUUCAUGAGGUAACAAAAGCAUGGCAUGACUAUGAGUACAAGAUGUGCCUCAUCGGGA